CUUGGCUCUCUCUCUCCCUCUUACUCCAAACCAUCUGUCCCUCUUUACAUCCCUGGAUCUAUUCAGUAUCGCUCAAGUGAGCACAUAGUGAACGUCGGAAUCGCGCCCACUGCAUACGUUCUUUUCUGCCUCUCUAUUUACCGACGUAUGGUGGGUGACCGACGUUUGCAUUCCCAACUCCCCAUCCAGUUUUUCUUUUUAGUGUUUCUGUGUUUGCGUGCGAACAGCAAUAAGGAAAAAGAUAAUAUACCAUUGGUGAAACGUGUCAAAAAGAACUGACGUCAUUCCAGGAUUCAUCUUCCCAUGUGAGAUAAGGACCAACAAAAAAACAAAACAAUUAGCGACCUAAGCUAAUCUACAGACGACUGAUUACACACAUCUAAAGUGUGUGAUAAGGAUUGUACACGUCUUUCACCUUACUGUCGAGAAAGGUUUUCCAUUUCCAGGACAGACAAUGGCCGCCCAACAAGGAUUGAGUCUCCUAAAUUUGGAGAAUAAAACAAGACAGCAACCAAAAAUCGCUCACGAACAAGGCGCCGGAUCGCAGUGCACGAAAUGCGGGCCCAAAUGUGCUGGAUUCGAUCUCCAUUAUUGGAGAAAAAUCUGUCGAAAUUGUCGUUGUGGUAAGGAGAACCACUUGGUAACGGAUGAAGAUCAGUCCAGCCGAUUAGUCCGUCUGUUGGACAGUCCUUUUUCAUCGAAAACGGAACACGUUCCAAUUAGUCUGAAAGGAAGUCCCACGGCGAGCAGACCUACAAAAUUGACUUUCAGUACGCCAGCUGCGGUGACAAUGGAUGCGCCGUCUAGUCCGCUGGAUUGGGUCCCCCCAACAGCUGACUCGCAAUUAGCUGCUAAAUACAUCGAACAACUUCCAGUUGCAAAGCAACCCAUUACGGGUAGCAAGGCGGCUGUUGACCGCAAAAUAGCUCUCGACCGUCAGUUGCCAUCGCACGACCUCGAUCCAGACCAAUGCCAAUCCCUGUCUGCCGAUGAGAAACGAAAGAUGGAAGAGUAUGUCAAGAACGUCAAACAAUACGUAGUGGGUCAAGGACUGAUUCAGGAGUGUCCACCGCGAAUGGGGAAACUUCCACCUCCGCCACCACAACUGGGCCGGAUUCUGGGCGAGAAAGUCAGCCAAUUAACUUUGCAAGAAUCUGCCGCUGCAAAACCUAUUCAAAAUAGACCUAUCCCAUCGUUCGUCACGGCUAAACCGUUCGUCAAAGCCGAAGGUUCAUCGGCGGAUCAAAUUAGGCGGAUGGCGGCUAAACCUCACGCCGGGAUGGACACUGAACAGUUUCACGAUUUACCUCCACCGCCGCCGGAUAUGCUGAUGGAAAAUCCACCGUCUCCAGCUCCUCCUCUGCCGCCAGCGCCACCACCACCUAUUCCGCAAUUGACGAUGGAUUCCGACAACCCAGCGGAACAAAAGAGAAACAGACGCCAGGAUCCAGUGAUGGAUUUUUUGGAUUUUUUGGAUGAACAGGAAGGAAAAAAGUUGCCGGGCAAACUGAAAUCGCCCUUUUUGCAUCAGGCUGCUGCAUCCGGCACUUUCAAUGCCACAGCCAGGCCGUUCGGAGCAUCACCUGGUACGUCGCCCAAGUUGAACCAACGCAAUAAAGUUGGCGUUACAUCGUCGGCUGGCGUAGCUGCGGUCGCUGGAGUCGGAACCGCAACCGGAAGUCGAGGUUCGUCUCCGAGAUUAGGUGCACGUGACGGGAUCCACAUUCCACCGACUUCGGGAUCCGGAUCUUUACCAACCAACAGCAAUCAAGCGCCGCGUCGAUUACUAACGACCGAUUUCGAUUAUUUUCCGGAAGAAGUGGCGACAUCUAAUGCCAACAACAAUCAAGUGCCUAUUAUUCCAAAUAUCAACAACAACAACAAUCAAUCACCCUUGACGAAUAGACGCCCAUCUGGCCAAGUUGCGCAUCCACUGUACGAACAGCAACAUCCAUCGUCUGUCCAGCAUCAGAACCAACAGAGAGGCAAUAGCGGGCAGGAUAACAAUAAACAUGUGACAGCUCAAAUACCUCCUCCAGUCCAGCGAACCAGCAACAUCCAGCAAGAAGUGGUUUUCCAAGACACGGAGGCCCAGAAUGCAUGGUCGUGCCGGAAAUGCAGUCAGCCCAUUGAAGCCGGAACUGUGGCCAUUUUCGCCGAAAGAGCCGGCAGCGAUAAAUGUUGGCAUCCGCAGUGUUUCCAGUGUUCCAUCUGCCACGAAAUGCUGGCGGAUUUGAUUUACUUUUUCGUCGAUGACAACAUGUUCUGCGGCCGUCACUACGCCGAGCAAAUGAAAAUUCCGCGAUGCAAGGCCUGUGACGAGUUAAUUUUUGCUCCGGAAUAUACGAGCGCCGAAGGAGCCAGUUGGCACAUGGAUCACUUUUGUUGUUGGCUUUGCGACACUCCAUUAGCGGGACAUCAGUACACGCCCAUCGAAGGACAGCCGCAUUGUCUCGACUGUUACCAAAAGAAAUACGGAAAGGAUUGUUACGAGUGCAACAAGCCAAUCCGAGCGGAAGAAACGCGAGUAAGUCACGGCGAGAUGAACUGGCACAAUACGGCCAGUUGUUUCAAAUGUCGCCAGUGUCAAGUUUCCAUGAUGAAUCGUCAGUUCGUGUUGAAAAACGGGCAAAUCUACUGCUCGCGAGAGUGCAUCGUUCAGCAUUCUCAAUGUCAGGCGCAGUCGGUCCUAGUCUGAAAACAAAAGAAAAUUUAAAAGCGAAAACCAAGCAACGAAGGGGAAAAUAUGCGAUAUAAAUCAACUAUCUCCAACCUCUCUCUCUCUCUCUCUCUCUCUCUCUCUCUGUCUUUCGCUCACUGAUGCCAAUGGCAUUACAUUCUACCUUCUUUUGUUGCAACAUCUUGUUUGUUCUUCCUGUUGGUUAUCAUCUCAGUUUUGUUUGUUGGGUCUCUUGUCGUUUCCAUUCCAGUUCUACUAUCAUAUCUUCCAUUUACUAUUCCGGCUUCAUUGGAGAUAUUAUCUACAUUCAGAGAAUCCAUACAGGAAAAUUAAAAUAAAUACAUUGGAAAGCAUA